UUCUUCAGUUGAACGAUGGCUAUGACGGGCGAUGUUUGUGCUUGUCUCGCGCAGCACAAGAGUACGUUAUUGCGCGAAUUAUGUGAUACAAAUGUUUUAGAUGUGCUUGUGAAAAAGGGUUUGUUCAGCGUCAGCGAUUUGGAAGUGAUAACGAGUGCGGUCGGCAACGACAAAUGCAAUUAUUUUAUAGAAGUUGUUGGUAAACAAAGCGAUGUGAAGUUACAAGAGUUGUGUACUGUGUUGAACAAUGAAUGUCCCAAACUUGCUAAGGAACUUAUGAAUGAUCGCCGGAAGUAUGUCAUAAAUGGAUACUCCACGGCAAACGGCAAAGACAACAUGGUGAUGAAUCUGAAUUUAAAUAGAGAAUCUCCCCGUUCCCGCCGCUCAGUAUCGCAAUGUUCCUGCAACAGCAUCUCGCGGCGAUCCUCCGCCGCCGCCUCGCCGGUCACCCUGCCGCCGCUGAACAACACCAUGGAAAUGUAUGUGGAGCCCGUGGUCGAAGAUACGGCAGAACGCAAUUCCGGCUGGGAAACUCAUAGAGUGCGCUUAAACAGAGUGCCUAGCUAUGGAUUCGGUAUAGCGGUGUCAGGGGGUCGGGACAACCCCCAUUUCGCAAGCGGCGACCCCUCCAUUGCAGUGUCUGACGUUUUGAGGGGGGGACCCGCUGAAGACAAAUUACAGGUGAACGACAGGAUAGUGUCUGUCAAUGGAGUUCCAUUAGAGAAUGUGGAAUACGCACGAGCAGUGCAAGUGCUGCGGGAGUCAGGCGCCACGGUGUCGCUGGUGGUGAGGCGACGUGCCCCGGCACCACCACCCACCGCACCCACUACCAUAAAACUGGCUCUGUCCAGGAAUGGAAAGAAGGAAGAUUUUGGAAUAGUACUAGGAUGUAAAAUAUACGUCAAAGAAUUGACAAUGCGAGCAAGAGAACAAUUAAACCAAGCAGGACAGGGCCUCUGCGAGGGAGACGUCAUCUCUCGUAUAAAUAAUACACCAGUGACUGACGCAAUGACGCUAAAGGAAGCGAAAAAGUUAAUAGACUCGUGUAAGGACCGCUUGAAUUUGGUGGUAACAAGAGAACUCAUUAGAGAAGAAACAGUCAGUAAUGGAAACUAUCAGAACAACUACAGUAGUUUAGAAGCCACCCCAAUAAACUCAUAUCCGAACAAUAGUGGGGAGUCGCUGUCGUCCCCAUACUCCAGCAGUGGCCAGAACUUAUACGUAGCAGCGCCAGUCCGAGGUGCUGAUAAUAAUAGAAGAGGUCCCAUGUCACUUGAAGGUCAUGAUCAACCACCACGCCCACCUCCUCCUAGAAAUGAUGACUAUUAUAGCAGUCGAAGACAGUUGUAUGAAGAAGAUGGUAUGACCAAUCAAAGGAAUAAACCACCAAGCGAGCCGCGUCUAAUAAGCUUCCAAAAGGAGGGUUCGGUAGGUCUGCGGCUCUGCGGCGGCAACCGCUCGGGCGUGUUCGUGUCGGGCGUGCAGCCCGCCAGCCCCGCCGCCUUGCAGGGGCUCACUCCUGCUGAUAAGAUACUUAAGGUAAACGACAUGGAAAUGAAAGGAGUAACAAGGGAAGAAGCAGUACUGUUCCUACUGAGCCUACAAGAAAGAAUCGAUCUCAUCGUACAACACUCGCCUGAGGAAUACAAUGCAGUUGUUAGUGGACAAAUGCCGGGCGACUCGUUCCACAUAAAGACGCACUUCCACUACACGGAGCCGACCGACGGCGAGAUGUCGUUCCGCUGCGGCGAUGUGUUCCACGUCGUGGACACGCUGCAUAACGGCACUGUGGGCGCCUGGCAGGUGUUCCGGAUAGGUCGUAACAACCAAGAGGUCCAAAAAGGAACCAUACCCAACAAAGCGCGUGCAGAAGAACUAGCUACAGCUCAGUUUAACGCUACUAAAAAAGAAAUGUCAGGGAACGAUGGGAAACAUAACUUCUUUAGGAGGAGAAGAUCUACACACCGCAGGAGUAAGAGUUUGGGAAAGGAACACUGGGACGAGGUAGUACUAUCGGACAGUAUAAGCAAAUUCCCGGCAUAUGAGCGAGUAGUGCUCAAGCAACCCGGCUUCGUCCGCCCCGUGAUCAUACUGGGAGCAGCCGCUGAUAUAGCUAGGGAACGGCUGCUCAGCGAGAACCCUGAUAAAUUCGCUUCACCCAAAAUGGAUAGCACUCUAGAAGACAACAAGACAAAAUCGUCCGGAAUCAUCCGGCUAUCCAGCAUCCGGGCUAUAAUGGAGAGGGGGAAGCACGCUCUACUGGACAUCACGCCAAAUGCCGUGGACAGACUUAACUACGCCCAAUUCUAUCCAAUUGUUAUAUUCUUGAAAGCGGAUAAUAAGCACAUCAUUAAGUCUAUACGAUCUGGAUUGCCCAAAUCAGCGCACAAGUCGUCCAAGAAGCUGCUGGAGCAGUGCCAGCACAUGGAGCGCGUGUGGGGCCACGUGUUCACGCACACGGUCGCGCUCAGCGACGCCAGCGCCGCCACCUGGUUCCGCAAGCUGUGCGACCUGCUGCAGCGCACGCAGCAGCAGCAGCUCUGGGUCUCCGAGACCAAGCGUCCGGAGCCGUUGUCAGACGACUUCUUAUUCUCGAUGUCGUCGAGCACGGAGAAUAGAUUGUCGUACGCGUCUAGUCCUGAGAGCGAUUUGGAAGUGAGUCCUCCGGCGCCGAGACUCGUGAAGUCUUCUUCAGAUCCGUCCAUAGCGACCACACAGGACAAUAUGGACCGGGACGAGGACAUGAAUCAUAUGGCAGAUGCCGUUCCACCGCCUUAUACGCAAAGUGGCUAUGACAGCAAAUACGGGUUCUCGUCGAGCAGCAACGGGCCCACCACCAACGGGAACCACAACCCGCACCUCCCGCCGGCCGGCGAGGCGCCGCCCUACCAGUGCAACCCGAUGUCGCAGUCACCGCCGCACUCGCCCUUGUAUGGAACUGUGCCGGAGCUGCCCCCGCGGCAGGUGCAGGCGGCGGCGACGGCGCGGCCGGCGGGCGGCGUGCUGCUGCCCGCGCCGCCCUCGCGCCCGCCGCUGCGACACAACCCCAACAACCCCAACAACCCCAACGUGAGUACUCCCCAACGUCUCGCGCACCCACGGGACGUGCUCGGUGUGUGCUCGUCCGGUGCNNNCACCGCUAGACCCACCAGCAUGGUCAUCCAGCCCACACAGGGCUCUCUGGACAGGCAUCGACAGCAGCAAAGCUCGUACGACGGCACACCAUACGACUAUGGCGCGAACCCAAACAAUAGUCUGGGCUCGUGCCGCCUCCCGCCCAACGCACCUGAUGACCUUAAAGUCGCGCCCUCUAUCAAAAUGGAGCCCCCCCCACCACCAAACCCGACGGCAAUGGCCACUCAGAGCCCGCAAAGGAACUCCAACUCGCACGAACAUAACUCAUUGGACUAUCGCCCACCUGAUAGUACAUAUAGUAGGCCCCCCGCGGACGGGUACCGGCGGGCUGCGCACGCGCGUGGACCUUCGCUGCCCAACGUCGCUACUAACGACCAUAACAAUUACAGCGGGCGCAACAACUCGGUGGGCGGGGCGGACUAUGCGCGUGCGCCGCCGUACAAGCCGGUGCCGCCGCCCAAGCCCAAGCACUACAGACCACCCGAUGCACACGCUAAUAGGAAUGGGACCAUGGACCCGAACGCCAUGAGCAUGGGCCUCCGCGCGGCGGGCCCCGGGGCCCCAGGGCCCCCGCACUACUCGCACGCGCACUCGCACUCGCAGCCCGCGCACGCGCCGCACCCGCCGCACCCCGCGCACCCCGGACACCCCGGACACCCCGGACACCCCGGACACCCGGCACACCCCGCGCACCCUGCGCACGCGCAUAACUACCAACAGGGCAUGUACGGCGGGCAGGUGCACGCGCAGGCGCCGUACGCCGGCCCGCACCGCGCCAUCAACCUGCCGCACAACCCACACCUCAUCGAUCUAGCCGGCAGUCGGGAGCAACGUGGGUCAGCGUUCGAACUCUAUAGGAAGCCGCAGCACAUGCACAACUUGAGCUCAUCCGAUGCCAUGAACUCCAGUGUGGAGCCGGACGAAACAUUCUCGCCAAAAACUAAAAAGAAAUUGUCCAAAAAGCCGUCGUUCAUAAAAAAUGCCGUCCUCGAUUUAUUCCGUUCGAAAACGAAACAGAAGGUGUCUCGACAGAAGUCAUUGUGCGAAAGUGACUUGCAACAGAGACACGGAAACCAAAUGCCCAUGCUGAGACGAGAAAAGUCAGAUUUAAGCGAUGUGUCCAUUCACAUGAGAAAUACGCACAUCCGAAAUCAAAUGUUACAACGCAGUAACUCUUCAUGCGAAAAACCUAUGUUGAAACCGAUACUGAAAAGACAGAGUUCCUUUUGUGAUGAUAGAAAUGGCUCCAUUUGUACAGUUAGAGAUUACGAAGCCAAACCAGCUGUAAAAAGCUUAAGACGACAAAACUCUAUGUGUGAAAUAGAAACCGAACCUAAAGUUACCCCUUUGUUACGUAGACAGAAUUCUCUCAUAGAAUAUAAUAGGAGAGGCAUCUACGGACCAACAUCAAGCUUUAAUAUGAUAACCAAAAUAGAUCCGAUUUACCAAAGACAACAACAAAACAAACAUGAACCUUUUUACCCAACACAACCACUACCUCCAGAACCCAUAUACCAAAGCAAAGAACAUGUAGUAUAUGAUCCUAUUCCUAAGCCUAAGCGAACUUACUCCUCCCUGUAUGACACUUCAAGCGAAAAUCCAUAUGCGACUAGAUCUGAAAUUUCAAAUCAAAGUUUCGAAAGCCCGUAUGGAAAUCGCGAAACAGUAGCCAUGCCAUUGAUCGAUCCCUAUGGCACGAGGGCUGAAUGUAUCCGAGAAAAUCCAUACGCGUCUCGAAAUGAAGUACUUGAAAAUCCUUAUGGUACUAGACAAGAUAUAGCUAGAAAAUCCGAACCAAUAUAUAACGAAUCACCCUACUCUAGCAAAGAGCAAAUGUUGCGACAAAGAAUGACUAAUGAAAGUCCUUACGCAACUAAAGAAGACAUGCUCAGGCAAAGAUUUUCAGAAUCCCCCUAUAAUAUCAAGGAAGAAAUGUUAAAACAGAGAAUGGAUAAUUCUUAUAAUUCAAAAGAACCAAUAUACGGUAAAAGAACAUAUGAACCACCGCCUAGCACUUCGUGGUCAGACAGCACUUAUGCAAUUAGACCAGAUAGACGGUUACAUACACCUGUUAAUUUCCCUGGGCGCACGUCUCCCAUGACCAAAUCUAUGAGUGAACCACCUUAUGUAAGCAGAACAGAAAUGUUGGCUAGGAUUCAGACAGAAUCGCCAUACGCUACUCGUUCUGAAAUCAAAUCCAGUUGCUCUGACACAAAUUAUAGCACACGGAAUGACUUAUUUGAUAUUCCCCAGCAAGUAAGACCAGCGUCAGCUGAGUGCACCUAUGUUUCAAAACAAGAAAUUCUAUCUCAAAAAGCUGCAUUACUAGCUAAUAAAGAAUCGACUUACAACAGUAAGUUAGAAGAGAAAUUGGAGAUAAUAAAACAAAGAAAUCAAGCUAAAAAAGAAAAGAUAUAUCAAACUAGAUUAGAGGCUAAUGAAAGUGAUUCAGUCAAAGGUAGGGAACCUAUGUAUGUAUCAAAAAGAGACCUUAAAGACAGUGUUAUAUAUGAGUCAAGUCAGGAAACAAAAGAAGUAAUACCUGAGAGAGACCAAGACAGUGGUAGUGCUAGAAGUAGUCCAUACGAACUAAGUGAUGCUAAUCAUUUGUCGCGGAGAGAACCGGUGUAUCAAACUAAAGCAGAAGCUUUGAAUGGCAAAAGUGAAAAAUUUCAGGAAAUAGAUUUUUCAAAAUUGUACCUAACUGAAUCGAAAACAGAUGCAGAAAAGGAAAAAACAAAGAAUUUGGAGGCAAAUAUUUUAAAAGGGGAAGCGGUUUAUGCUCCUCGACUGCAUGGAAAAGCAGAACAUAUUUCUAACGCGCUUAAAAUAACAUCAUCCCCUGUACCAUACGAAUCAACUACUUCAAUGGAAACUCAGUAUGCAUCGGAAUGUAGUAUGAAUUUUGAAAAUAAGCCUCAAAGCACACCAUAUACCUCACAAGAUCUACAAGAAAGGACGAAACCUAGUAGAUCGGUGACAUUCUGUGAGAAAAUUGUAGAGAAAAGUGCUGAAAACAGCCAAGACACAUCCGAAAACACAUCAAAUAGUCGAAACGAAACCACUAUAGUAAGCAAUGAUAACACAGUUGUAAAGGUAACAUCUGAAACUGCCGAAUCGGAUGAAAAAACGGAGGUUAUAGAGCCCGACGCGCCACACACUACGUGGGGUAUAUUCGAUAGCGAAGGAGGCAUAUUGGAGGACAGGCACUGGGGCGUAUCACUUAUAAUUCCUCCAAAAGCAAUAGCUCCGGGGAUCAAGCAAAAGAUCUACUUUACGGUGUCUGACCCGCGAUUGAGUCAGCGCGUAGGAGGACCUCCCAUCGACAUGGAUAACGGUGAAGCGAUGCUGUCCCCGCUGGUGAUGUGCGGCCCGCAAGGGCUGGUGUUCCUGCGGCCCGUGACCCUGCGCCUGCCGCACUGCGCCAACGCGGUCCCCUCCCUCGGGCUCACCAUCAAGGCGACGGACACGGAAGCCCAUCUCACCACCGACUGGGACCAGAUACACUUGCCCGCGACCACCACGCUCAACACAGUCGCCGUUAAGGUCGACCACUUUUGAUUGACUUGCUUUUUAUGGCGACGUAAUUUAUAAAUUGUUAUCGUGAAAACUAUGAGUUAUAAAGGAAACGUUUUAAAGUAUGUCAGUGUGUAUAGUGAAAUUAAAAGUUUUAAACAAUAAUUAAUUUUGACGUUUGUGAAUUUGGAAUUUUAUAACAGCAUAUUUUGGAAAUGUAUAAAACAUGUAGGAUUAUUUUUGAAAUUACGUCAGUAGCGGUGGUCGAUUCUACAUUUUAUAUAAUUAACAACGGACUUCUUUUCUAACGAUCGAAUAAUGUAUAAAAUUACCUACUUGUAUGUAUCUUAUUUGUCCGGCAUUUAUUCCCACCUAUAUAAGUUGCAAUUCAAGUUAAAUCGUAAGUUAGUGGUGCUAAAGCAUAGAAAUUAUGCGUAGAAUAAACCUUACGAAUCUCUAGAGUUUAUUCGAAUAAAAUUUAAGUGUAAAGAGAGCAUGCGUUGUCUCUUUCGUUCAUAUUAAAAGAAGGAGAUGGCAUGAUUGUUGCGAAGUAAUGGAACUUUUAAUAGUUAUUCGUUUAUUUUAAGACUAUAACAAUUAAGACAUGCCUUACCAUAACCUACGUAAUCCUAGUUUAAAAUAAUAUUUUCAUUGUAAUAUUAUUUAAUCGAUGUACGUGUAUUUUAGCAAUAAUUGUUAAUUAUUAGCACAUUGAAAUUAUCACUUUUGGCUUCCGUAUAUAAAGUGUUGAAAUAUUUUUUUAUUACUAAUUGUCAUGAAUGAGAAUCACGUAAUUGCCUUAGCGGCUAGAGUCAUAUUUAACGUUUAAGUAUACCUUUAAUAAUUAAUUAGUAAUAAUAUGAAAUCAAU